AAGCAUCAUUCAUCCAGGAUAGAUCUAGAUAUGAUUAUGUUUAUCAAUCGCUAUCGGAUUAUAAUAAUUUGUACCUUUCAAAUUUAAUUCCACCUAUAGUUAGUGCCUCUAAUUUGAUAAGGCAUUUAGUGUGUUGCUGUCGCCAAAAUAACAAGAUGGCGACAACGACAACAAGGAUUCUCAUUGCCUUGGUUGGCCUGGGAGCAGCCUUCGCUCUUCCCCCGGUUAUAAAGAUCCAAAGGAACACCAUUUUCACCGAUGAAAUGCUUGAGGGUCAAGUAUUUGAAAAUGUUGACGCCUUCAGCAAUGAGGAAAUUGCGCUGUUCCAAACCUCUCAAAAUGAGUACCGACUCCCUACCACCACUAAACCAAUAAACUACAAAAUUCUCUGGUCUUUUGACUUUAAAGACAAUGACAAUCUAUCGUUCGCUGGAAACGUUGACAUUCAACUAGUAGCCACUCAGGAAAACGUUAAUGAGAUCGUGAUCCACUGUGGAAAGGACCUCAACAUCGAAACUGUGGUGUUGAAAAAAGGAAACGAAGCGGUAACUGUAAAGUAUGAAACAGUUGAACUUUACGAGUUUUUAAAAAUUACACCCACUGAAAGUUUGGUAUUCACUCCUGCCAGUGAUACUGUCUACACUCUGAGCAUAAGCUUCAACGGAGCGAUGCGAAAUGACAUGUACGGCAUUUACAAGAGCUGGUUCAAAACCGGCACAGAGACAAAAUGGAUGGCGUCGACCCAGUUUCAAGGGACCUCCGCCCGUUUUGCCUUCCCUUGCUACGACGAGCCCAGUUUCAAAGCUACCUUUGACAUAACCCUGAGGCGGCCAAAAGCGUAUAGGAGCUGGUCUAACACGAAACUUAAGAGCUCUGAUGCAACUGUGAAUAUAGAGAAUUACAUGGACGACGUGUUUUAUACAACUCCAGUAAUGUCUACAUACUUAAUAGCAAUUAUUGUUGCUGAGUACAAGUCUCUUGAAGAUAAUGCUAUCCCUCAACAGUUAAAAUACGAAGUGAUUGCUAGACCUGAUGCUAUCGAUAAUGGCCAAGGACAAUAUGCUUAUGACGUCGGACAGAAACUGCUCGCAGAAAUGAGCGACCACACGGGUCUUGAUUUCUAUGAAGUUGAUGCUAACCUUAAAAUGACUCAAGCUGCUAUUCCUGAUUUUUCUGCCGGUGCUAUGGAAAACUGGGGACUGUUGACCUACAGAGAAGCGUACUUGAUGUACGACGAGAAACAAACUAAUUACAACUCGAAACAACUUAUAGCGUACAUAUUGUCCCAUGAGAUCGCGCACAUGUGGUUCGGCAACCUGGUCACCUGUGACUGGUGGGACGUCUUGUGGCUCAACGAGGGCUUCGCCAGAUACUACCAGUAUUUCCUCACGAACGCGGUCGAAACCGAAAUGGGAUUUGAAACCCGUUUCAUUACCGAGCAAGUCCACACCGCGUUGUUGGCCGACGCUGCCAACAACCCGCACCCGCUCACCAACCCCGGCGUCGGCAGCCCCGCACAGGUCAGCGGCAUGUUCUCCACACUCAGCUACAACAAGGGAGCCUCCCUCAUCAGGAUGACGGAGCAUCUCCUCGGCUACAACGUUCAUAGAGAAGGCUUGCGGAAAUACAUUUCGGACUUCAAAUUCAAAACUGCGCUGCCAAUCAAUCUGUUUGAAUCGUUGGAGGCGGCGGCCAAGGAGGCCGGUGCGCUGGCCGAGUACGGACCCAACUUCUCCCUGGUUGAGUACUACAAGAGCUGGACAGAACAAGGCAGUGCGCCGGUCCUGUUCGUUGAAGUGAACCACCAAACUGGGGACAUGACUGUCACUCAGCAACGUUUCAACAUCAACACUGGCAUGUCUACCUCCAACUCGCUGUGGAUCGUGCCGGUGUCGUUCGCCACCGCGAGCAAGCCCGACUUCUCUAACACCAAGCCCACGCACAUCCUGUCCGCAACCGCCAACGUCAUCCCCCGCGGUUCUCAGGGCGACGAAUGGGUCAUCUUCAACAUCCAACAAACUGGUUACUACCGAGUCAACUACGAUUCCUACACAUGGGACCUGAUCAUCAGAGCGUUGAGAGGCGAAGACAGGACCAAAAUUCAUCCUUACAACAGAGCGCAGAUCGUGAACGACGUGUUCUCAUAUGCGCGAUCUGGCAUCAUGACGUACCAGCGCGCCAUGACGAUCCUCUCGUUCCUGGAGUUCGAGACGGAGUACGCGCCGUGGGUGGCCGCCAUCACCGGCUUCAACUGGCUCACCAACCGGCUGUCUGGCCCUGAGAACGCCGCCGUUUUGAACAAGCUCACUGCUGAAAUCACCCGCUGGGGUUCACGGGCUAUGGCUACCGUUGGCUACACAGCUUCGAACGCUAACGAAGCCUUCAUGACCACGUACCUGCGCUACCAGCUGGCCCCCUUCAUGUGCAGGCUCGGAGUGGAGGAAUGUCUGCAGUCCGCGGAUCGGCAGUUCGCUGCUCUGAAGGUCAUCGCUCCUGCCCAGCCUGUCGAAGUGGACGUGAACAACCGCAACUGGGUUUACUGCAACGCGCUCCGCCGGGGCGACGCCAGCGACUUCGAGUUCCUCUGGCAGCGGUUCCUGGACCACCCCGUCUACACCGAGAAGAUCCUGCUGCUCGGCACCCUCGGGUGCACCAAGGACGAGGAGUCUCUUAAGAAGUUCAUGUCCGCUAUUGUGACUGACAAUCUGGUGAUCCGGCCCCAGGACUACACGACUGCGUGGAACAGCGCUGUCACCGGCAAUGAGGAAAACACUCAGAUUGCCUUCCAGUUUGUACAAGGAAAUCUGAACACUGUUGCCGCAGCAUUCCCCCGAGAUGGUAUUGCUACGCCUUUGUCCUACAUCUCCUCCAGACUACGCACUGCUGCCGAAAUUGAUGCUUUCCAAAGUUGGGCCCAGAGCAACGAGAAUACGUUGAACGGAUUCCGUCCCGGCUCCUACGCGUCCAUCAACGCCGGUGCGGAGAGCACUCGCCAGGCCCUCGAGUGGGCUGCAGAGAUCAGUCCUACAAUCCAGGACUUCCUCGAAACUCCCGUGGAGCUGCCUCAGCUGUCAACACCUGAUCCGCCCCCGGAGGUCGACACCGAGACGACCCCGCAGCCAGACCUCCCCGAGCCAGAGGUCCCCGACCUGCCAGACUCAGCUGCCACCAGCUUCCUCUCAGUGUUCGCCAUCACAGUCGCUGUGAUCGCAAAUAUUCUGGUCCUUUAUACUGGCGAGAAAAUGGAUUCUCGCUGGUUCCUUUUGGUGUUGGUCCUGAUUCAGGCUCAUGACAUAACGUCACUGAGCCCCAUCCCAGUUGACGAUGUGGCUGAAGAAGAUUGGGCAAGUUUCUAUAGAAUGUUGAGAGACCCUGCCUACCGCCUACCGACAACUACUAAACCACGUCUGUACAAUGUGACGCUAACACCUUACUUUGAAAAUGUGCCGUCUGGCAUAACACCAUUCACAUUUGAUGGACAAGCUACCAUAUACAUCAGUGCUACAGUCGCUAAUGUAUCCGAGAUAGUUUUGCAUUGUGAAGACUUGACGAUCACUAAAGUCGAAGUGACUCGUAACAUCAAUGGGGAACCUCAACCAGUGCCUAUAUCGAACGACAGCCCGCAGUGUGAAAUGCCUUACGCGUUUUUGAGGGUAGCUCCUACUCAGGCCUUGCAACUGGAUCAAGAGUAUACCGUAAACGUGACGUACCGGGGCAACCUACAAACAGACAUGAGAGGGUUCUAUCGCAGCUGGUACAAAGACUCAUCGGGCACAAAAAGAUGGAUGGCCACAACCCAGUUCCAGCCAGGUCACGCCCGCAAAGCCUUCCCCUGCUACGAUGAGCCUGGAUUUAAGGCCUUAUUCAAUAUCACCAUCAACCGAGAGGAUGACUUCAGCCCAAGUAUUUCGAAUAUGCCUAUUAGGCGGACUAUUUCGUUGGGCAAUGGAAGGACGGCAGAAUCUUUUUACACUACGCCAUUGACGUCUUCUUAUCUGGUGGCUUUUAUUGUUUCCCAUUACGAAAAAGUCGAGUCUUCGAACAACACUUUGAGGCCAUUCGACAUUUAUGCCAGAGACAACGUGGGUGUGACUGGCCAAUGGUCUCUAGAGGUUGGAGAGAAAUUACUGGCAUACAUGGAGGGACAUACCGAUUACGAGUACUAUUCAAUGGCACCGUUCCUCAACAUGAAACAAGCUGCUAUUCCCGACUUCUCGGCUGGUGCUAUGGAAAAUUGGGGUCUUUUAACUUACAGGGAAGCAAAUAUCCUUUAUCACCCUGAGAACUCGAACCACUUUUACAAGCAGAGAGUAGCCAAUAUAGUGGCCCACGAGAUAGCUCACAUGUGGUUCGGCAACUUGGUGACCUGCGCCUGGUGGGACAACCUCUGGCUCAACGAGGGCUUCGCGAGAUACUACCAGUACUUCCUGACCGGACCUGUUCUACCUGAUCUCGGCUACGAGACCCGGUUCAUCGUGGAGCAAGUCCACACGGCGAUGUUCUCCGACUCCCUGGACUCUGCGCACGCGCUGACCAACCCGUCGGUCAACGACCCCGCCGCCGUGUCCAGCCACUUCUCCACCAUCACGUACGCCCGAGGCGCCGCGGUCCUCCGCAUGACGCAGCAGUUACUGGGAGAGAAUACCUACCUGACCGGUUUGAGGAACUAUCUCAAGGAUAGAGCAUUCGACGUAUCGGAGCCGCGUCACCUAUUCUCGGCCCUGGACACAGUGGCCGCCGCUGACAGCGCCCUAGCGACGUACGCGGGAGUCACCAUCGAGUCUUACCUCAAGUCCUGGUCGGAGCAGGCGGGACACCCGCUGCUGACUGUCGUGGUCAACCACGAUACCGGACUGAUGCAAGUUACACAGGCUCGAUGGGAGCGCAACACCGGUGUGUCGGGUGUGCCGACCCUGUACCAGAUACCCAUCACGUGGACCCGCGGCGGCGCUCCCAACUUUAUCAACCUGAAACCCUCCCAGGUCCUGACACAAACCACCACCACCAUCAAUAGACGAUCCACCGGGUACGAGUGGGUUAUCUUCAACAAGCAGGAAUCAGGCUUUUACAGAGUUAACUACGAUGACACUACUUGGGACCUCAUAACUGCAGCAUUGAAGAGCAAUGAAAGGAGAGUUAUCCAUGAUCUUAAUCGGGCACAGAUCGUUGACGAUGUGUUCGCAUUGGCUCGCGCAGGAGUCAUGUCGUACACCAAAGCUAUGGACAUCUUAUCCUUCCUCGAGUACGAAGAACAAUACGCGCCGUGGGUCGCGGCUAUCUCUGGCUUCAACUGGCUCCUGCGCAGAUUGGCUCACGAUCCACAAACUUUGCAGAGCUUCCAGCAAGAGAUCAUAAAGCUGAGCUCGGCCGUGACCGCUCGUCUCGGCUUCGCUGAAGUCCCUGGAGAGCCGUUCAUGGACGGACUCCUGCGCAUGUACGUGCUCGACUUCCUGUGCAACGUGGGUCACGAGCAGUGCGUCGCGCAGGCCGUCACGAACUUCCGCAACCUCAGGAAUGGCACUUUCUUGCCCGCUAACAUGAGGCCGUGGGUGUACUGCGCCGGUCUCCGCGCUGGAACACCAGAAGACUUCCGAUUCUUAUGGUCACGUUUCGAAUCCGAAGACCUGGCGAAUGAAAUCGUUGUGCUGCUAGAAAAGUUGGGGUGCACCAAGGAUGCCGCGAGUCUCAAUGUUCUUCUCAAUAGUGUAGUAGAAGACAACGAGCUGGUGAGGCCUCAGGACUACAACGUCGCUCUGAACAGCGCUGUGUCCGGAAACGAUGAGAAUGUGCAAAUAGUCUUUGAAUGGCUAAAGAGAAAUAUUCCGCAAACUACUUCGGCGCUAGGCAGUGUCAGCACUCCGUUGAACUACAUUGCUGGGCGACUGCUAUCGGAAGCUGAAAUAGUUGAAUUCGAGACCUGGUUAAACGCCAAUCAGGACCAAAUCGGAGCAGCAUCUUACGCAACCGGCAUGAGCGGGGCGCGAGCCGCCCGCGACAACCUGGCGUGGUCCGCGCGCCGCCUGCCCGAGAUCCAGGAGUACCUGGAGUACGGCUACACGCCGCCGCCCAGCCCCAGCCCGCCGCCCACGGACGCGCCGCCCGUAGACACCACUCCCGACAUGACCCCGCCCCAACCAGACGCCGCUUCCAUCGCCACGCUGAGCGCGAUCACGCUUGCAUUAACCGUCGCUAUCAAUUUUGUUGUGUAAAUAAAUUUAAUAAAUGAAUUUGGAGAAUAAGAAAGAAAUCUAAUAAGAAAUAAGGUUAUUUAAUUAUA